AUGAUGUCUGAAAUUGAAGUAUGCAGGAAAUCCAGCAACAAAAAUGCUGUUUUGGAAAGAGUUAAUAAAAGUGAAACUCUUGAACUUGAGGAAAUGACGGCCAACUUCCAAAAGAUGUCUAUUGGAGACCCGAAGAAAGUCCUGGUGAAAGAUGGUAAGCAAUUGCUUAAAGAUAUAUUUUCAGAUAAACGCCUCAAUGAGAACAUGGAAAAGAAUAUCAAAGAUAAUACAAAAAGUAAUUCUAAAAAGAAGGUAGUUAAAAGCACAAAAAUCCUCAAGUUGCCUUACGAUAACAUGAAGAAACGCCAGACGAAGAAAGAGAAACGUAAGGUUGUAAAUAAACGUAGUAGCGAGAUCAUUGAAGCUAUUAGAAAAACUGUGUCUAACGGUAUUGUAAAAGAUAUCAAAAUCAAUUCGAAGCUGUGUGCGAGAAGCUUGAUUAGUAUUCUGAUGAAAAAUAAAGGUCCAGGUGAAUCUAGUGAUGAGGAUAAUGUAUCUGCAGAUGAUGUUGAAAAAAGUUUGGAGAAUCUGAAGCUAUUGAAAGAGGACAAGAAUCUAAUGAAAAAAUCAACUGAACCUGUGGAUGAGAACAACCGAAAGAAGAUUGAAGCAGAUAGCAGAAGUGUGUUUGUUGGAAACGUAGAUAAUGGAACGAACGCGCAGUCACUCGAAAAAAUGUUCUCUGCAUGCGGAACAAUCAAACGCGUUUCCAUUCCAUUAAAUGCGAUUAAUGGAAAACCUAAAGGUUUCGCAUACAUUGAAUUCGAUGUGUCAUCGUCAGUGGAGAAGGCCAUCAAAAUGAGUGGAGUUAUGCUAAGAGGUAGGCCGAUCCAGGUGAAACACAAGAGGACAAAUAAACCUGGAUUGUCGACAACUGAUCGCCCAUCUUUUGAACCAAUCUCAUCGAGAAGCAGGAAAAUAUAUAAAAAACGUGCGAAUGCAGCACCCAAAGUGUUCAACGAUUAUUCUUUCAGAAAUAACGGUGGAGCCACUUCCAAUGCCAAUACAAGCAAAAAUGUUUAUGUUUUGAAUCGUAAAAGUUCAAAAAGUACUAAAAAGAUCGUUAAUACUCCAACAGAGAAUAACAAUAACAAUUAA